AAUGCAGGGAAAAUUGAUCUUGGAAUUAAUGAGUUAAUGCUGCUGGUGCUUGACCCCCGUGGUGCUGAUAAAUCAAUAAUGAGACGCUUUUUUCCUGACAUUUUCCUCAUGGCAAUGCCGAUAGGAUUAAUUCUAUAUACUGGAAAAGGAGGAGCUAAAAAUGGACCGACUAUAAAUCAUUUUUAAAUUUCUUUUUCGAUGAGAGACUGCACUGAUUGUGGAUCGUGAGUUGCUGAAUAAAGAUUUUUGCUUUGGAACGAGGAAGAAGGAAUUUGAGUAAGACCGGUUGAAAAACCAUUUUUUAAUCCGUCGAUCAGGUAAUUAAGUUACUGUCGGGAUGAUUCUGUAAUUUACAUGUUAACGCCAGGAUGUUUAUAGGAGUAAAGACGGUGAGCAUCGGGGAAAGUCACUUGCGUUUUAAAGGGCAGAUUGUAUUAGAGUGAGCGUCACCGCAAUUGCUGCACAUGUGGAUAAAAUUGCAUUGCCUAUUCGAACAGAAGCCAGUAUUGAAAUUGUUGCAGAUUUGUCUUCCUCCUGAAAAUCUGAUACUGCACCCGUAUUUGUCUUUCCUUGUAGAUUGAUCGAGGGGAGCUGAAGAAUGUAUAGGAUUAGGUACUGAAAAUCUGUAUGAAUUAGCGGCGAAACCGGGUGCUUUAGAAGUUGAUGCAAUUGCAGCUUUAGGGCAGAGGGCUGUUGAAUGAGCUGUUGAAGCGCAGACCCCACAUGCAUUAGCCCUUAAACCACUGAAAAUUCUAUUAAAUAGAUCUGGAUCAGGUUUAGCCCAAUUGACGAUGUGAUUAUCUGCUGCCAAUAUCACUGCUGCUUUUGCAGAGAAUGCUUUAUGAUACUCAUAAAACAGUCCCUCCGUAUCUGACAGACAGCUCCACGAUGUAAUAUUCGUAAGAUUCCAAUUCAGCUCUGCGGUUAGGGUAUACCGAGCAUAACACAUCCCUGAAUAUGGAGAAAGCAAGGACAAACUCCCAUAAUGUAAGAUUUUUAAGCAGUCUGGGAUCUCUGGAUUUUAGAGUUACCGCCAAAUCUCCACAAUCGACUACUCUAUGGUCCAAGAAUUCCGAAGUCGUCAUUAAUAGUGAAACAAGAUUAAUGUCCUUACCUUCGAGAAUGACACGUCUGAUUUGUGGAGAUAUAGUGUGACGUCUCGCUGCAGUUGGAGAGGAGGAUCCUUAUGUAGAUGCAGUAGCGAGGUUGUAUAUUGGAGGAUCUGCUUCGCUGGCUGAAAUUAGGGCUGGACCGUAAGAAGCUGUAGGUGGCGCUGUAGUAUUUGAUGCUGAAAUUAAUGACUGCGCUGUAGAUUGUUUUCCCUGUUCCAUAAGACACCCUUUUCUCUAAAUCCGACAGUUGAGAACUGACCGAAGAUAGAGUAUCGGAAAAAGGCUGCAUAAAUGAUUUUAUCUCGUUGAAUAUUUGCGAGUGUUGGGUUUCAAUGGCUGGCUGCUGGUUAGCGGUGCUAGUUGUGGGGGUGGUUAGAUCCGGAAUAGACUGCCUACUGUCUGUUUUAGGACGCUGAAUGGCUGGGCGCGGUUGAUUAUGUUUUUUCGGAGGAAAGACUGGUUCUGCUGAGAUUGAAUUGCAAUAGAGAAUGAAAUGAGACUCUCUAUCAGUAUCACUCCCUGCCGGAAUCGCAUUACCAUUUUUAAGGAGGGUUUUUAUCAAUUUAUUCAUGGGCCAGUCCUUCCAAAACAAUCGAUCCGGAGGGGGUCCUGAGGCCGAAGACGCUUGGAUCGCCGCAGAUUCGAUGUUUGGGUGGCAGGAACGGUAGGCAACAUUUGUACUGGAACCUGGUCGAGAGCCUGAUCAGGAGCCUGAUCAGAUGUAACUGAAAUAGCAGAAGGGGAGAAAAAACGGAGACUGGAUGGACCCUGGAUUGAAGCUGAAGGAGAAUGAUCUGUUAAUGACAGAAAAUCCUGGGAAUCCUCAGAAUCCGAUGACAACUGCUGGAACACCUGUAUCUGAACAAGUCACUGCCACUGAGAUAUUGGCUUGUCCAGAGGAGAGACUUCUUUUGAAGAUGAACACAAACUUGAAAGUGGGGUUUGACACAUUAAAGGAAUAUCUUUCAAGACCCACUGCACAGCCUGAGGAAGAACACAGAACAGAAGAGGGUAUGUCAAGACCCAGUGCAGGCUCUGAGAUGUAUGCUCAGGAAGAGGAACCACCAGAAGAUAAUCCAAACUGAAAUAGAGGCACGUGUUUUCACACACAACACAUAUGGCCAGUCUGAAAAUGAUGCCCAGUCACCAUGUAAUGCUGUUAUGGCUGAGACAUCUUCGAAUGCAAUAUCGUCCACUGACCAGAACUACAUCCUUCUUUUAGCUCUUAAAACUAAACAUCAGCUCACUAAUGAAGCCCUGGAAGACAUUUUAAAACUAUUAAAUCACAUUGGUGGUGAUGGCACAGUAACAGCUUCCAAGUACUAUUUUGAAAAGUACUUUUCAGACUGUAAAGGGAUAUUUAUUUAAUCUGUGAAACAUGUGAAAUGCUUCUAGGGAACAAAGCUACUUCUGGAAAUUGUCGUUUUUGUGGGAAAAAUGGGUGGCUAGUCACAACAUAAGCAAAGGGCAAUUUUUCUUCUAUAUGCCACUCAAAAGUCAAAUAAAAGCACUUCUAAAUGACAUUAGUGUACAGAAACAUUUGGCUUUUCACAAAGAAAGAUCAACAACCGGCAAUUACAGUGACAUUCAGGAUGGAACUUUUUAUAAAAAAGUUUUAAACAGUUGGCGUUCCAGUCUUUAAGUCCUCCCAGUAUAGUGUUUGGCCUGUAGUAUGUGUUCUGAAUGAACUUCCUCCAGUGCAAAGAUUGAAAUAUGUGCUUGUGGCUUCUCUCUGGUUUGGUAGCAAAAAGCCAGAUAUGAAUCUGUAUCUUCAGCCAUUUGUUAAUGAAUGUCAGGACUUAAUGCAGAGUGGGGUUGACUGGUAGAAUGCAGUAAUGCAAGAGAAGAUCCAUUCCAAAGUUGUGUGCACUGUAGCUAUUUGUGACUCUCUUGCCAGACCACUUUUGCAGAAUAUGAUGCAGUUCAAUGGCCUACAUGGAUGUGGGUUUUGUACAGAUCCUGGUACAAAUGUACCAAAAGGCAGAGGGAUGACUAGGGCAUACCCUUACAAGAAAGAUUUUGUACUGAGGAGCAGUACUGAAACCAUAGAACAAGCAGAGCAUGCUUUUCAGAAUAAGAAAACUGUAUGUGGUGUGAAAGGACCUAGUAUUCUUAUGUGUAUCCCUAACUUUGACAUUAUCAGUGGGUUUAUUCCUGACUACAUGCACUGUGCACUUCUGGGUGUUGCCAGACAAAUUAGGUUGUGGGUGGAAUCAAAGUACCACAGAUACCCAUUUUAUCUUGGUACACAGGUAGAGCGUAUAGAUUCCAGACUCCUUCCUAUUAAACCUCCAUCAAAUAUAUCCCGCAUACCACGCUCAGUCACUCAGUACAAGUUUUGGAAAGCGCAUGAAUGGUUUGCUUGGCUUGUUUUCUACAGUGUUCCAGUGUUAAAAGGAAUUUUGCAAGAACAAUAUUUCUUACACUGGUGUUUGCUUGUUGAAGGUAUUGCAGUCUUAACCAGUCAGAGCAUUAGUGAGGAACAGCUAUACCACUGUGAACAGGUAUUCAUUCAUUUUGUAGUCCUGACUGAAAAGUUGUAUGGUACAGAGCAUGUGAGUUACAAUGUUCACUGUACAUUGCAUCUUGUGAAAAGUGUACAUGACUGGGGCCCAUUAUUGGCACACUCUGCUUUCCUUUAUGAGUCAUACAAUGGACAUUUGCUUGACAUGGUUAAAGGCACUCUAGCGGUUCCACUGCAAAUGUGUCGUAAGUUUCUGAUGGAACAAUCGCUUAAGAUGUUUAAAGAAAAGUUGCAUAACACGCCAGCUGAAAAGUUGUUUCUUUCAUUUUGAUGUAAACAAAUGCCAGUUCAGGGAGCUGAUGAAGUAGACAACAUUACUGUGCUUGGUACGCCAAAAAGAAAAAAAAAACUGGAAAGGAAGUACUACCAUGCUUUACACAGUGUUGCAGAACAGGUGCCGCCUGGUUUAUAUUUUAAGCAGUACGACAGAAUAAUUGUGAAUGGUGAGAUAAUUCACUCUGAACAAUAUGGUAAACUGAAAAAGAGGAACAGUUUCACAGUUUCUCUGAGAUGGGAACUUUUUCAAAAUAGAGACAUUUGCUGUUGUCAAUCUUGGGAAUGUUAUGCAAUUGGAAUGUAAUCCGAAACAGUUUCUGCAAUGAUGAUGUAUCACGCAUAACUUUGAGCCAUAUAAAACGCAUCCUUUCCAAAUUUGGACACCUUGUUGCUGUAGAAAGCCGUGCAAUUCAAAGAAAAUGUGUACAUGUGCAUCUUCCUAGAGAAAGCCUUAAUUAUGUUUGUGAAAUGCCCAAUAAUGUUGAGUGCUGCGAAUAAACAGAUUUUAUUCCAAAGUAGGCAGAUACAGUAAAACAUCAGAUUUUUAAACUUUUACCAGGAGUAAAUCAAAACUUUGACUCAUCCGCUAAUCAAGUAUAAACCUGUAGUUAAUACCGUUUUCAGUUCUCGUAAAAUGCCACUCUCUUCUACUUGAAAAAUAUUAAAUUCUGAGUUGGUUUUGGCCUUUAACGGGUUGGUCAGUUUUUUUUUUUUUCUUGAUUGGUUUAAUUGUUUAAUAAGGUGGAUAAAUUUAUCUAGACCCCCAAAUAUUUUAUAGACAAUUUUUGUCUUGAAUGAACAGAACACUGUAUAAAAUACCUUGAUAAAACAAUUGUGUAAAUAGUAAUAUAAAUUACGUAAUUAUGAACAGACUUGAGAACAGACAUUGCUGCCCUUCAGGAAUGGAGCUCAGUUACUCAGUACAAUGUCUGGAAAGCUCAUGAGUGGUUUGCUUGACUUGGUUUCUACAGUAUUCCAGUGUAAAAAUGGGCUUUUGCAAGAAAAUAUUAGGCUGGUAUCUGCUUGUUGAAGAUGUUGCAAUCUUAACCAGUCAGAGCAUUAGUGAGGAACAGCUUUACCACUGUGAACAGUUUUUUUUUUUUUUCAUUUUGUAGUCCUGACUGAAAAGCUGUAUGGUAAAGAGCAUGUAGGUUACAAUGUUCUUUGAGUUAUACAAUGGACAUUUGCUUGACAUGAUUUAAGGCACUAAGGGGGUUCCCAGGUCUUCACCCAGUUGCAGAUUGAAAGGUGUCUAUAAAACCUGGUGUAGAACAUAUAUGAAUUAUAUAAAUUAUAUAUUUGUAAAUAUGUUUGAUACAUGUAGAAUGUAUAGAAUACAUGUAGAAUGUAUGCUUGUAAAGCUAUGUAUUCUUGCUUCUUGCUUUAUCUGUUUAGAAACUAGCACCUAUUGGGGAACAUAAUGACAACUGAAAAUGAAAAGUAGUCCAAUGAUACCUAAUAUGAUAUGGAAAGGAUUUGUUUAGCAAAAAAUAAAAAAUAAAGUGUUAACCUAGGUUAUCAGUUUUUUGCAGUGUUAUGUUUGUCAAAAAUGUGCAAUAUUCAAUACCGUUGUAUCAUAUUGCUUGCAUCCCAAGUAUCUAAAGAGUUUUCAGUGCUAGGAGAAAACUUAGAAUAACAAAGGUUUUAACACCUUAUCAAAACAAUAUCAAAAACAAUAUCAAAACACUAGAAAUGCAUGUUAUGAAGUAUUGUUUUAACAUUUUUACAUAAAAUGUAAUACAUUUUAUUAUUAUUAUUAUUAUUUAUUUCUUAGCAGACGCCCUUAUCCAGGGCGACUUACAACUGUUACAAGAUAUCACAUUAUUAUUACAUACAAUUACCCAUUUAUACAGUUUGGGUUUUUACUGGAGCAAUCUAGGUAAAGUACCUUGCUCAAGGGUACAGCAGCAGUGUCUCCCACCAAAAUACAUUUAAGAUCUUUUCAGAACAUAUAUUUCUAAUAUAUGCAAAAUACAUUAUGAACAAACUUUAUUUGAAAAUAAUAGAAAAAUAUAUUUUUUAAAUCGGUGAGCCAUGUAUUUUUUAUAUGUUGAAAAUAUGUUGCAAGUUCAAAAAUGUAUUAUUCAUAUAUAAAAAUUAUUUCACAUAUAUAUUUUAUAUAUUAAACCUAUAUUUCCUUUCCGUAUGGGAUGCAUUAUUUUGCAAAGAUAGUUACUGUAUAUAAUUGCAUAUCUUUCAAAAUAGUGUGGAUUUAGGCAGAUUCUCAGAGAACCACGUUAUGUUUGUCUAAUUAGAUUUUUUAACUUGUGAUUUUAGCUGAAGUAUCUUGAGGAUCACAUUAUAGAACUCAUGCUAUGUUGUCAGAAUUCUACAAAGUAACUUGAUUUUUCAGUAUGGCAGGUGUUGUCUGCAAAUGUUUGUGGUGUGCUGGAUGUUUUUUUUUUAACAUUAAACAGUGUUUCUGUCUAUUAAGAAAAAAAGAAAAUAAAAAAACUAUAGUUAAAUAUACUUUGUAGUUUGUGAAUUUCCCCCUCAAUGUACCAUAUUUCCUAAUACUGUAUGUGGCACCAUACAGCAUGAAGACUAGGUUUGAGUCAUUCUACCUCUACUGCUGCUGUCUGUGCCAGGGAGGUUUUUGUACAGCUCUGUAUCACUGUGUGAAAGGGAGUG